UCUCUGCCACUCACAGCUGCCACCACUGAUCACACUUUCCGCCCAGUUCGUCCACACCUGCCGCCAGGUACUGCCCACACCUGCUGCCCAUACCUGCUGCCCAGUGCUGACAACUGCACCAUUCAGUUUGAGCAUCAUUCAAAACACACCGUCAGCAUCCUGCCUACCUCACUAACAGAGUACCGCCAUCCCAUCACUGUGACACCAGCCUGGAGGCUCUCUAUCUGGCACAGUGACACUACUGCCAUCAACAACCAUGCUACCGUAGUUUGCUAGUAAGGUGUGCCAACACUCCUCUCACUGUAAUGAGUGAGAGUGCCACUGUGGCCCUCAUGUUGACACCCUCAAAAUACAUUACCAGAACGACGUCAAUGACCCGUUAUUCACUGCUGCCCAGGAUAAGGGCGUAUUCUUGGCGUUAUUGGCUCUGGCACUAUGUCUCCAGCAGUGCCAAGCCAAGAAAUGGGACACUGACGUGGCACCCAUCACCAAGACUGUCAUCAGGUCACUGCAGGAUGGCAGGCUGCAGGUUCCCAUACACUUCAUAGGUCACAGGUGUACCUUCCGUGUCGACCUGAUACCUGUGACCAGCAGGAGGAAGUACCUGAUGCAGGCUGGAAUGUCCUGCCCUGGCUGGACACUCUUCACUGGCCGAGCGGCCGGAAGCAGCGUCCGCCAGGUGGUGCACGACACUGUCAGCGACUUCGUCAGGAGAGCUAAGAUGGAGGGUGUCUCGCUGACACUAGCUGACUGCGACUUAAACCAGAACUCGACCCCACUUAGCGACUUGCUGCUGCGAUCCAGGCAUCGUCCCCAGCACAGGGCGUCCCAGGAUCUGCUGGGUCCUAGGCGUCGUCCCCAGCACACAGCAUCCCAAGACCUGCUGGGACCAAGGCGUCGUCCCCAGCACACAGCAUCCCAAGACCUGCUAGGACCCAGGGGUGGUCUGCUGGACACAACAACCCAAAAGGUAUGGAACACAAGGCUGGGAUUCGCGGAUACAUUCGCCAAAAUACUAAGCACAAGGAGACACAUGGACAACACAUACUCCUGGAAGACACCAGACACAAGACCUGGUCUCCGACCAGUAUCCAGAGACCGACUGCCCUACAGAAGGUCCCAAGUGUUGAGCUCAGGACUUGAUCCCGUGGACUCAUCAUCCCAAGAAGAAAUGAGUGAAGAAUUUAUACUUCUGAGUUCCCCAGACAGAACCUUCUGGGGCUCCUCUGGUAGAACCCACAAGUUUCCCACGAAGAAGGGUUCUCCAGACACAAGAAAACCAGUGGUGAAGACCCCGCCAAGGCUUAGUAAUGACUGGAAAACUGUCACUACAAAGGCACCAGACACUACAAAGGCACCAGACACUACACAGGCGCCAGAUAUUACACAGGUACCAGACACUACACAGGCGCCAGACAUUACAGAGGUACCAGACACUACACAGGCACCAGACACUACACAGGCAACAGACACUACACAGGCACCAGACAUACACAGGUACCAGCCCACAACAGGAACCGACAUACACAGCCAACAGAACUACACAGGCACCAGACAACACACCCGGGCACCAGACAUUAAAAGUACCAGACCAUACCCGGCACCAGACACUACACAGGCACCAGACACUACACAGGCAACAGACACUACACAGACACCAGACACUACACAGGUACCAGACACUACACAGGCACCAGACACUACAAAGGCACCAGACACUACAAAGGCACCAGACACUACACAGGCGCCAGAUAUUACACAGGUACCAGACACUACACAGGCACCAGACACUACACAGGCACCAGACACUACACAGGCACCAGAUAUUACACAGGUACCAGACACUACACAGGCACCAGACAUUACACAGGUACCAGACACUACACAGGCGCCAGACAUUACAGAGGUACCAGACACUACACAGGCACCAGACACUACACAGGCAACAGACACUACACAGGCAACAGACACUGCACAGGCACCAGACACUAGACAGGCACCAGAUAUUACACAGGUACCAGACACUACACAGGCACCAGACACUACACAGCCAACAGACACUACACAGGCACCAGACACUACACAGGCACCAGACAUUACACAAGUACCAGACACUACACAGGCACCAGACACUACACAGGCACCAGACAUUACACAAGUACCAGACACUACACAGGCACCAGACACUACACAGGCAACAGACACUACACAGACACCAGACACUACACAGGUACCAGACACUACACAGGCACCAGACACUACACAGGCACCAGACACUACACAGGCAACAGACACUACACAGGCACCAGACACUACACAGGCUCCAGACACUACACAGGAACCAGACACUACACAGGCAACAUACACUGCACAGGCACCAGACACUACACAGGCACCAGAAAGUACACAGGCACCAGACACUACACAGGCACCAGACACUAUACAGGUACAUGACAAUACACAGGCACCAGACACUGCACAGGCACCAGCCACAACACAGCCACCAGAAACUACAAAGGUACCAGACACUACAAAGGUAUCAGACGCUAUACAGGUACCAGACACUACACAGGUACCAGACACAACACAGGUACCACACACUACACAGGCACCAGACACUAUUCAGGUACCAGACACUACACAGGUACCAGACACUACACAGUCACCAGACACUACACAGGUACCAGAAGCUACACAGGUGCCAGACACUACACAGAUACCAGGUACUACACAGGUAACAGACACUACACAGGCACCUUACACUACACUGGUACCAAACACUACACAGGCAACAGCCCACUACACAGGCAACAGACACAAACACAGCCAACAGAACAAACACAGGCAAGACACUACACAGGCAACAGACACUACACAGCCAACGGACAAUACACAGGCAACAGACCCUACACAUGCAACAGACACUACACAGCCAACAGACACUAAAACAGGCAACAGACACUACACAGGAACAGACAUUACACAGCCAACGGCCCAAUACACAGGCAACAGACACUACACAGCAACGACCUACACAGCCACAGACACUACACAGGAACAGACACUACACAGGCACAGACACUACACAGCCAACCCAACACAUACCAGGCAAACAGACACUACACAUGCAACAGCACUACACAGCCAACAGACACUACACAGGCAACAGACACUACACAGGAAACCAGACACUACACAGCCAACGGACAAUACACAGGCAACAGACACUACACAUGCAACAGACACUACACAGCCAACAGACACUAAACAGGCAACAGACACUACACAUGCAACAGACAUACACAGCCAACAGACACUAAACAGGCAACAGACACCAACAUGCAAAAAAACAUACACAGGCAAAGACACUACACAGCCAACAGACACUAAACAGGCAACAGACACUACACAUGCAACAGACACUACACAGGCAACAGACACUACACAGCAACGGACAAUACACAGGCAACAGACACUACACAGGCAACAGACACUACACAGCCAACAGACACUACACAGGAAAACAGACUUUACACAGCCAACAGGAAACACUAAACAGGCAACAGGACACUACACAGGCAACAGACACUACACAGGCAACAGACACUACACAUGCAACAGACACUACACACCAAAACAGACACUAAACAGCAAAAAACACUACACAGCCAACAGACCACUACACAGUCAACAGCCCACAACACAGGACCAGACACUACAAGCCAACAGACCUACACAGCCAACAGACACUACACAGGCAACAGACACUACACAGGCAACAGACACUACACCGGCAACAGACACUACACAGGUACCAGACACUACACAGGCACCAGACACUACACAGGUACCAGGCACUACACAGGUACCAGACACUACACAGGUACCAGGUACUAUACAGGCACCAAACACUACACAGGUACCAGACACUACACAGGUACCAGAUACUACGCAGGCAACAGACACUACACAGGCACCAGACACUACACAGGUACCAGACACUACACAGGCACCAGACACUAUACAGGUACAUGACACUACACAGGCACCAGAUACUACACAGACACCAGUCGCUACACAGGUACCAGACACUACACAGGCACCAGACACUACACAGGUAGCAGACAAUACACAGGUACCAGAUACUACACAGGUACCAGGUACUACGCAGGCACCAGACACUACAUUGUCACCAGAUACUACACAGGUACCAGACACUACACAGGCACCAGACACUACACAGGUACCAGACACAACACAGGCACCAGACACUACACAGGCACCAGACACUACACAGGCCCCAGACACUACACAGGUACCAGACAUUACACAGGUACCAGACACUACACAGGCACCAGACACUACACAGGUACCAGAUACUACACAGGCACCAGACACUAUACAGGUACAUGACACUACACAGGCACCAGAUACUACACAGACACCAGUCGCUACAGAGGUACCAGACACUACACAGGCACCAGACACUACACAGGUAACAGACACUACACAUGCACCAGACACUACACAGGCACCAGACACUACACAGGCACCAGACACUACACAGGCACCAGACACUACAUUGUCACCAGAUACUACACAGGUACCAGACACUGCACAGGCACCAGACACUACACAGGCUCCAGACACUACACAGGCACCAGACAUUACACAGGUACCAGACACUACACAGGCACCAGACACUACACAGGCACCAGACACUACACAGGCACCAGACACUACACAGGCACCAGACAUUACACAUAUACCAGACACUACACAGGCACCAGACACUACACAGGUACCAGACACUACACAGGUACCAGACACUACACAGGACCAGGACAUUAAAACAUAUACCAGACACUACACAGGCACCAGACACUACACAGGUAGCAGACACUACACAGGUACCAGACACUAUACAGGUACCAGAUACUACACAGGUACCAGACACUACACAGGUACCAGACACUACACAGGUACCAGACACUACUCAGGUACCAGACACUACACAGGCACCAGACACUACACAGGCACCACAUGCUACACAGGCACCAGACACUACACAGGCACCAGACACUACACAGGCACCAGGCACUACACAGGUACCAGACACUACACAGGCACCAGAUACUACACAUGCACCAGACACUACACAGGUACCAGACACCAUACAGGUACCGCAUACUACACAGUCACCAGAUACUACACAGGCACCAGAGACUACACAGGUACCACAUACUACACAGGCACCAGAUACUACACAGGUACCACAUACUACACAGGCACCAGAUACUACACAGGUACCAGAUACUACGCAGGUGCCAGACACUACACAGGCACCAGAAACUACACAGGCACCAGACACUACACAGGCACCAGACACUACACAGGAACCAGACACUACACAGGUACCAGACUCUACACAGGCACCAGACACUACACAGGCACCAGACACUACACAGGAACCAGACACUACACAGGUAUCAGACUCUACACAGGCACCAGACACUACACAGGUGCCAUACACUACACAGGCGCCAAACACUACACAGGCACCAGACACUACACAGGUGCCAUACACUACACAGGCGCCAAACACUACACAGGCACCAGACACUACACAGGUACCAGACACUACACAGGUACCAGACACUACGCAGGUAACAGACACUACACAGGCAACAGACACUACACAGGUACCAGACACUACCCAGGCAACAGACACUACACAGCCAACAGACACUACACAGGCAACAGACACUACACAGGCAACAGACACUACACAGACAACAGACACUACACAGACAAAGACACCACACAGACAAACGACACUACACAGACAACGGGACACUACACGGGACAACAGACACUACACAGACAAACAGACACUACACAACCAACAGACACUACACAGACAAACAGGACCAAUACACAGGAACAGACACUACACAGGCAACAGGCUUUACACAGGUACCAGACACUACACGGGUUUACCAGACACUCCACAGGCCCCAGACACUACACAGGCAAGGUUUACACAGAUACUACACAGGUGCCAUACACUACACAGACACCAGACACUACACAGGCACCAGAUACUACACAUGCACCAGAUACUACACAGGCACCAGAUGCUAUACAGGCACCAGAUACUACACAGGCACCAGAUACUACACAGGCACCAGAUACUACACAGGCACCAGAUACUACACAGGCACCAGAUACUACACAGGCACCAGAUACUACACAGGUAUUAUACACUACACAGGCACCAGAUACUACACAGGUAUUAUACACUACACAGGCACCAGAUACUACACAGGUAUUAUACACUACACAGGCACCAGAUACUACACAGGUAUUAUACACUACACAGGCACCAGAUACUACACAGGUAUUGUACACUACACAGGCACUACACACUACACAGGCACCAGAUACUACACAGUCACCAGUCACUAGACAGUCACCAGUCACUAGACAGUCACCAGUCACUAGACAGUCACCAGUCACUAGACAGUCACCAGUCACUACACAAUCACCAGCAUCUGGAGAACGUGACCAUUCAUCAGGUCACCGUCGCCGUAGAAGGCAGGCACCAGUCAUAGUAAAGUCACCAUACACUACUCAAGCACCAGUCAUUAAUCAGUCACUAGAUAAUGCUGAAUCACUAGUCACUACACAGUCACCAGUCACUUCACAUUUUCCAGUCACUAUACAAUCACCACUCACUAUGGAGUCACACGGUGACUCUGGUGACUUACAGUCAUCAGCCUGGGAUGAGACAUUAGGAAUCACCAGUCACCAUUACAUUAAUGAUGACUUACUUACGCUGCAGUCACUACCUAGUCACCAGCAACUAAGGAGACGCCGUCCAAGACAAAGGCACCAGGUGCAGCACCAUACAGUGCCUUUCCAAAGAUUCCAAAUCCUCGGGGUUCACGAGGUUUUACAAACAAAGGUGAUUGAGAGUCACCAGGAAGUCCAAAUGCUAUUGACACUGCAAAGUUCACGACUCCUAGAGUCACCACGACACCUGCCCAUCACUGCAGAGUCACCAGCUGUGACGAAGGCUCCAUGUUGUGUGCUGUCACCACCUGCUACACAGGUACCAGUCACUACACAAGUUCCACCGCGUGUAGAUUCACCAAGUCGAGCAGAGUCACUACAAAGUCCAUCAAUGCCUCUCAAAGAUUCUAUGACUCACUUAAAGUCACCAAGUCAUCUGCAGUUACCAACCCCUGCAGAAUCACCAGUCAUAAUUAGUUCCCACUACAGUCAAGAGGACGUCAGUUCUGAAGAGCCACAAUCAAGUCACCAGUACAAUUAUAGUCACCAAGAAAAUAAGACAAAACCCAGUCACCACUACAAGGGUUUUGUUCUGAAGAACUACAAUCAAGUCACCAGUACAAUCAAGAGGGUCCUUAGUUCUGAAGAACUACAAUCAAGUCACCAGUACAAUCAAGAGGGUCUUAGUUCUGAAGAACUACAAUCAAGUCACCAGUACAAUCAAGAGGCCCUUAGUUCUGAAGAACUACAAUCAAGUCACCAGUACAAUCAAGAGGCCCUUAGUUCUGAAGAACUACAAUCAAGUCACCAGUACAAUCAAGAGGGUCUUUGUUCUGAAGAACUACAAUCAAGUCACCAGUACAAUCAAGAGGCCCUUAGUUCUGAAGAACUACAAUCAAGUCACCAGUACAAUCAAGAGGCCCUUAGUUCUGAAGAACUACAAUCAAGUCACCAGUACAAUCAAGAGGCCCUUUUUUCUGAAGAACUACAAUCAAGUCACCAGUACAAUCAAGAGGGUCUUAGUUCUGAAGAACUACAAUCAAGUCACCAGUACAAUCAAGAGGGCCUUAGUUCUGAAGAACUACAAUCAAGUCACCAGUACAAUCAAGAGGCCCUUAGUUCUGAAGAACUACAAUCAAGUCACCAGUACAAUCAAGAGGCCCUUAGUUCUGAAGAACUACAAUCAAGGCACCAGUACAAUCAAGAGGGCCUUAGUUCUGAAGAACUACAAUCAAGUCACCAGUACAAUCAAGAGGGCCUUAGUUCUGAAGAACCACAAUCAAGUCACCAUUACAAUCAAGAGGGCCUUUGUUCUGAAGAACUACAAUCAAGUCACCAGUACAAAUCAAGAGGGCCUUUUGUUCUGAAGAAAAUACAAUCAAGUCACCGUACAAUCAAGAGGGCCUUGUUCGAAGAACUACAAUUUAAGUCACCAGUACAAUCAAGAGGGCCUGUUCUGAAGAACUACAAUCAAGUCACCAGUACAAUCAAGAGGGCCUUAGUUCUGAAGAACUACAAUCAAGUCACCAGUACAAUCAAGAGGGCCUUAGUUCUGAAGAACACAAACAAGUCACCCGUACCCAAACAAGAGGGCCUUGUUCUGAAAACUACAAUCAAAUCACCAGUACAAUCAAGAGGGCCUUAG